AUGGCAAGUCACUCUGACCCGAUGGCAGCGAAUGUAGAGGUGGCAACGUCGGUGAAUGCAGAGGCUGCUGCUGCGGCGGUGAAUGUAAAGGCGGUGGCGGUGGCGGAGGCAACUGCUCAGCCGGUUGUAAACGCAAACAAUUAUCUCCUCCAGCAGCAGUUGCAGUUGUUUUGGGCAGCUCAACUUCAAGAGAUCAUGCAGAUAGGAGAUUUCGAGGGUCACAGUCUUCCCAUUUUCCGAAUCAAGAAGAUCAUGAAAUCGGACAAGGAAGUCCGUAUGAUUUCUGCUGAAUCACCUAUUCUACUUGAUAAGGCAUGUGAGCUUUUUAUUCAGGAGCUCACCCAUCGUUCCUGGCUUAAGGCCCAGGAAUGCCAGCGCCGGACUCUGAAAAAGAUCGACUUCUUUACGGUGCUUAAGAAGACUAAACUCUUUAUUUCCUUGUGGACAUAAUUUCUAUGGAUGAGACAGAGGAAGAA